AUGAUUAUCAGUGGUGACGACUCCAUUGGAAUUGAAGAGCUCAAGCAAUUCUUAUGUCACCAUUUUGAGAUGAAGGAUCUUGAACCAUUAAGUUACUUUUUGGGGCUUGAAGCAUUAUCUUCGAAUGAUGACUUGUUUCUCUCACAGGCUAAGUAUGCUUCUGAUCUUGUCUCUCAAGCAGGUCUCACAGAUUGUAAAAUCGAAUACACUCGUCUUGAACCCAACAUUCAAUUUACUCCUCAAGAUGGUACUUUACUCGAUGAUGCUACUCUUUAUUGGCAUUUUGUAGGUAGUCUGAUAUACCUCACCAAUACUCGACCGAAUAUUUCAUAUUUUGUUCAUCUUGUUAGCUAA